AUGGCCGUCCCCAACUUUGCCGAUAUCGCCAAGGCGAGCAACGACCUCCUCAACAAAGACUUCUACCAUCUCUCUGUCGCCACCUUUGAGCUUAAGAGCAAUGCGCCCAACAAUGUCGCCUUCAAGGUGACCGGAAAGGCCUCUCACGAGAAGGCCACCGCCGGAGCUCUUGAGGGCAAAUACGUCGAGAAGGGCACUGGCCUCACCCUCACCCAGACCUGGACCACCACCAACGCGCUCGACACCAAGGUGGAGCUCGCCGACACCCUGGCCAAGGGCUUCAAGGCCGAGGGCAUCUUCAGCUUCCUCCCCGCGACCCACGCCACCGGCGCCAAGGUCAACCUCCACUUCAAGCAGCCCAACUUCCACGGCCGCGCCUUCUUCGACCUCCUCAAGGGCCCCGUCGCCAACAUCGACGCCGUCGUCGGCCACGAGGGCUUCCUCGCCGGCGCCUCGGCCGGCUACGACGUCAACAAGGCCGCCGUCACCAACUACUCCGCCACCGUCGGCUUCACCACCCCCGCCUACACCGCCGCCAUCGCCGCCACCGAGAACCUGAGCGUCUUCGCCGCUUCGUACUACCACAAGGUCAACAGCCAGGUUGAGGCCGGUGCCAAGGCUACCUGGAACUCCAAGACCGGCAACAACGUCGGUCUCGAGGUUGCCAGCAAGUACCGCAUUGACCCCGUCUCCUUCGCCAAGGUCAAGGUCAACGACCGCGGUGUUGCUGCUCUCGCCUACAACGUCCUCCUCCGCCCCGGCGUCACUCUCGGUCUCGGCGCAUCCUUCGAUACCCAGAAGCUUGACCAGGCCACUCACAAGAUUGGCGGUAGCUUCACCUUCGAGGGCUAA